UUCGUCGUUCGAGAGAGAGGUUCGAGAGUUUGAGAGAGUAUCGGAAAGUGAACAUGUCGCUACCGUUUAGAGCGUUGAUUGUUCCAGGUGGACUUGCACUUGCUGGGUGCCUUUGGUGGUGGUACACCUCACGUAAGCCUACGUCUGAGACAAAAGACACCGCUGAUUCUACUGUAGAGCUUAAAGAGCUCCAAAAGGAAGAUGAACAGUGUGCUCGGUCCAUCCAGACCAGAGCACCUGUCUCUGACAAGCAGCUGCAGGAGCCAUUGAGCACCCAAGACGAACCAGAGGUAGUGAUCCAGGACAUGGUGGACAUCAGUGAGCCAGUUCAGAGCUGUGAGGAGAUCGAGCAGGUCCAGGAUCAGGAGCCACUGAGCACCCUGGAAGAACCAGAGGAAAUGAUACAGGACAUCAGUAAGCCAGUCCAGAGCUGUGAGGAAAUCGAGCAGUUCCAGGAUCAGGAGCCAUUGAGCACCCUGGAAGAACCAGAGGAAAUGAUACAGGACAUCAGUGAGCCAGCUCAGAGCUGUGAGGAGAUCGAGCAGUUCCAGGAUCAGGAGCCAUUGAGCACCCUGGAAGAACCAGAGGAAAUGAUCCAGGACAUCAGUGAGCCAGUUCAGAGCUGUGAGGAGGUCGAGCAGUUCCAGGAUCAGGAGCCACUGAGCACCAAAGACGAACCAGUGGAAAUGAUCCAGGACACGGUUGACAUCAGUGAGCCAGUUCAGAGCUGUGAGGAGAUCGAGCAGCUCCAGGAUCAGGAGCCAUUGAGCACCCUGGAAGAACCAGAGGAAAUGAUCCAGGACAUCAGUGAGCCAGUUCAGAGCUGUGAGGAGGUCGAGCAGUUCCAGGAUCAGGAGCCACUGAGCACCCUGGAAGAACCAGAGGAACUGAUCCAGGACACGGUUGACAUCAGUGAGCCAGUUCAGAGCUGUGAGGAGAUCGAGCAGCUCCAGGAUCAGGAGCCAUUGAGCACCCUGGAAGAACCAGAGGAAAUGAUCCAGGACAUCAGUGAGCCAGUUCAGAGCUGUGAGGAGGUCGAGCAGUUCCAGGAUCAGGAGCCACUGAGCACCCUGGAAGAACCAGAGGAACUGAUACAGGACAUCAGUGAGCCAGUCCAGAGCUGUGAGGAGGUCGAGCAGGUUCAGGAUCAGGAGCCACUGAGCACCCUGGAAGAACCAGAGGAAAUGAUCCAGGACAUGGUGGACAUCAGUGAGCCAGUUCAGAGCUGUGAGAAGGUCGAGCAGGUCCAGGAUCAGGAGCCACUGAGCACCCUGGAAGUUCAGAGCUGUGAGAAGACAGUGAUGAGACAGUCCCCUAAGGAACAGUGGGCCCCAACCCUCAAGCCGGAGAAGCCGUUUGUCUUAAGGACUAAAAAGGCCAAGAAGGUGAAGAGCUUCGGCCAGUUUGUGUGGGAGAAGAAGCUGCCACAGUCACUGGUUGGAAGAUUCAUUGGCCAGAAAGGCUGGCACAUUAAGCACCUAAUGGAGGAAUCUGGAGCAAUGAUAGAGCUUAUACCACUGAAAAGCUCUUCAGACCAGAUCAUCCUUGCGGACGGUACAGAGAAGCAAAUCGCCACAGCCGCAACCAUGAUUACAGAGUGGUUAAAACAAUUUGAACGGGAUUUGCCGUCUACCACAUGUAGACCUGUAUUAUCAUGGAGAUGAUGAGGACUACAAAAUAUCAAGCCUUCAGUCUGUGUGCUUAUGUGUGUGUGUGUAUGUGUCUAUCAGAAAAGUUCAAUAAAAAAGCUAUAAAAUAUCUUAA